GACCAUCCGCAGCGCUCUCACACUCCCAGUAAGGAGAACAUGUGUAUUCAUUACUCACUGACGCAUUUGAAAACAUCCACAAGUGACCUUUUUGGGCUCCUGAGGACCAAGAGUUUGAGAAACUAUGCUCUAACGGCAGCUGGAAAAUGGAUAGUAGGCUACUCAUCAUCAAUGUCUAUGGAUAAGGCACAACAAAUUCCGCAAACAAAGUCAGUGCACAAAUACUUGAAUACAAGUACAUGAAGAUGAGACACUUUCUGUCUGUCACACUGUUUCUGCUGUCUACCUCAUCCUGUUUCUCAGUGUUUAUAGGCAGAGAGAAAGCUCAUCAUGUACUGCAGAAACGUGCUAAUAAUUUUCUAGAGGAAAUACUCCCAGGAAAUCUAGAGCGGGAAUGUUAUGAAGAGACGUGUUCUAAAGAGGAGGCUCGAGAAAUCUUUAAAUCCCAGGAGAAAACGACAGAGUUUUGGUUUCAUUAUAAAGACCUCAGUCCAUGUAAAGAAAAUCCAUGCAUUAAUGGGGGGAUCUGCCAGCAGUAUCACUACACUUACACAUGCCUGUGUCCCCCGCGUUACACUGGGAGGCACUGUGAAAAUGUGCGGUAUGAGUGCUGGUACAACAAUGGAGGUUGCUGGCAGUACUGUACAGAUACUGCCCGGUCACUCAGCGUGAAAUGCUCCUGUGCACGAGGGUACACGCUAGAAGAGGAUGGCAAGAAAUGUGUCAUAUCUGAUCGUUUUCCUUGUGGACUGAUGUCCAGUUCCUCACGCUCUCUGCUCGAUCCAGACUUAGAAUCUCUAGAACAUCCCACUUCUGACACCAUUGGCACAGAGAAUUCUCAUCCUAAUACAACAGCUAUGAUGCCCACACCAAGGCAUUUAAAUGAUAGCAUAGACAUGCUCCUCACAAAUGAGACUGCAUGCAAUCCUAAUACAACAGCUAUGAUGCCAACGCCAAGGCGUUUAAAUGAUAGCAUAGACAUGCUCCUCACAAAUGAGACUGCAUGCAAUCCUAAUACAACAGCUAUGAUGCCAAUGCCAAGGCGUUUAAAUGAUAGCAUAGAAAUGCCCCCCACAAAUGAGACUGCAUGCCCGCAAGCAAUGGACAAACCUGUUGACAAUGGCACUUCUCAAGACUUAACUGGAACAGCCAGGUUCAUUAGUCCUAAUGAAAGUGGUAGUGUCAAUAAAACUCUGUAUGGCUCAACAAAUAAGACAGACAAUAAGGACAGUACUGCGGGUGGUGAAUCUGUGGAUCAAAGUACUUUAAAUGAAGACUCUAUUGGACAUGUACUGGGUGUUGAAGAUGGAACUCGGAUAGUCGGUGGGAUGCGCUGCGAGCUGGGACAGUGCCCCUGGCAGGUUUUGAUUCGUAAUUCUCGAGGAAUAGAUUUCUGUGGUGGAAGUCUGAUCAGCCAACGCUGGGUAAUGUCUGCUGCACACUGCUUUGAAGGUAUUGAUCCACAUCAUGUUACUAUCGGAGACUAUGACAAAUAUCUACGUGAUAAGGAUGAGCAGAAGAUUGCGGUGCUGGAAGUUUUCUCUCACCCAUAUUAUCUGGCAGAACAUUAUGACAAUGACAUUGCACUUGUUUACCUACGCAGCCCAGCUAUCUUCAGCGAAUACACGCGACCUAUUUGCUUACCUAGCCCUAGCCUUGGGCAACUACUCACCCAAGAGGGAGAGGUAGGACUAGUAAGCGGCUGGGGAGCCACGCGACAUUUAGGUCGUUUUACUCGCUUUUUACUAAAGGUCCGGCUACCUGUUGUCAGCCAAGAGACUUGCAUGGCCUCCACUAAUAUGGUAUUAACAGGAAACAUGUUCUGUGCUGGAUACGCUAUGGAAGCCAAAGACGCUUGCAACGGGGACAGCGGUGGGCCAUUUGCUGUAUUAUACCGCAACACCUGGUACCUGAUUGGAGUGGUGAGCUGGGGAGAAGGAUGUGCAGAUGACGGAAAAUACGGUGUAUACACAAGAGUGGCUAAUUAUAUUUCAUGGAUAAAGGAGACUAUUAUAGAUACAGAGGGGUUUGAUGAGUCGCUUGUACAAACAUUAUGAGAUCAAUCAAUCAUUUCUAGUGUUUAAAAAGACUAAAUGCAGUUAGGAGCCGAAGGAUGAAGAUUAGGAAAAGGAUAAGUUUGUGCUAAACAGAAACCACAUCCAGCAAGAGGUCUUCAGUAAGAAAGAAAACUAUUCAAUUGUGAGAGUAAAGCAUUGUACUUUGUAAAUAGAUUGCAAUAUUAUUUUUCCAACAACAUUGUGGAAAAACAGACUCAUGACAGCAUUUGUAAAAGUGCUAAUGGAGGAUCAUUAAGUAGGAGGUUCCAGUAUCAUUCUCUGUGAAAUGUAAUAAUUAAUUGUGCACUUACAGUAUACAAGGCAUAAAACAAUAUACAAACACAA